AGCAGGUUAAUACUCAAGAGUUCAAAUCGCGAGCUAGUCAGCUGACUAAUCGCUAGCUACUUGUGACAGCUGAGCAAUGGCGUCCAAGGCGUUCGCGCUGUUCCUCGCCGUGAACCUCGUGGUGCUGGGUAUGGCCAGCGCCUGCUCGCCCUACUGCCCGACCCCGACGCCGACCCCCGCGACGCCGACGCCCACGCCGUCGUCGUUCGGCAGGUGCCCCCGCGACGCGCUCAAGCUGGGCGUGUGCGCCAACGUGCUGGGCCUGAUCAAGGCGAAGGUGGGCACUCCCCCCGCGCUGCCGUGCUGCUCCCUCCUCCAGGGGCUCGUUGACCUCGAGGCCGCCGUCUGCCUCUGCACCGCCAUCAAGGCCAACGUCCUCGGCAUCCAGCUCAACCUUCCCAUUGACCUCAGCCUCAUCCUCAACUACUGCGGCAAGACCGCGCCCACCGGCUUCAAGUGCUGAUCGAUUAAGCGCGCCUCAACACGCCUUGCACGUAUGCUCGGUCGUCGUGUUGCUCUCGCGUGCUCUCGUGCAUGCAUGAGGCGCACGUACGUGAGACGUCUUUUCGUUUCGGUUUGAUGCAUGGUUUGCUUGCUUGCUUCCUACGUACGUACCCUUCUAGUUUCGAUGCAUGCAUGCGUGGUCGUGCUGUUUGUAUCUGAUUUGGAUUCUGUCUACUUGUAUUCUUCCCUGCGCAUUUGUUGUAAAGGGCCGGUGUGUGCUAUCUUGUGCGCCGGUGCUAAGUCCCAAUGAAGUUUGGUUUGCAGCUUAAA